AUGUUGACCAAGACUACCAACGGACUAGACGCACUGGACGAUGUUCUGAAUGCACGCCUGGCGAAGCAGGAGAAGCGCAUGGAUGUGCCCGAGCUACGAGCGCUCAGGAUCAAGGACUUUGAACAAGCGAAGAAGGAGGUGAGUGCCAGUACAUCCGAAGACGGCAAAUCCAUUCAGGAGCUUCGCAAAUGGAACGACCAAUUCGGAGAUGGGGACAAGGGCAAAAACUGGCAGAAGCUCACCUACUUCAUAUAG